UCGAGCUCCCCCGUUCCUCCCCAAUGCCCACCAGCUCAGGUUUCGCACAAGCUUGUCGGAUGACUGUCAAAUUAAAAAUCAUGAUUUGAAAUGUUGCUCUCAUGCGAUUGACGAUGCGAUGGUGAGCGGCAGUGCGGGUUGCACGACUUUUGUUACGGCUUACCCUCGUCCGCAAACGCAACUGGAAUCAGCGAUGAUGGAUGGUCCGAAAUUUGCUGAUGGUCCGCACACUUGAGCUUUCGAGGGCCUGUCUCUCCUCUCGGUAAGAUUGCAUUGCCGCAAAAGUUGAUUUUCAAAAAAAAAACAAAAAGACAAUUUGACUGGUUGACGUUGGAGAGUUUCAAGUUUGGGAAAGAAGAUCCCGCGGGAUAGUCAAGAAGAAAUUUUUUCACUAUAUAUAGCUGGACUGAGGUGCCGGAAUAAGUAUAGUUCAAAUCUGUACGGCAGUAAGAACCCAGAAAAAUCUUCAGCAUGAAAUUCUUCAUCGUUGCCCUAGCCCUGAUCGCUCUGGCUGCUGCCAAGCCCCAGGAAGAGAAGUACACCAGCAAGUACGACAGCGUAGAUAUCGAUGAGAUCCUACGGUCGGAUCGUCUGUUCAAGAACUACUACGCCUGCUUGAUGGAUACCGGCGCCUGUACCCCCGAUGUCAACGAACUGAAGCGCGUCCUGCCUGAAGCUCUGGAGAACGACUGCGCCAAGUGUAGCGAGAAGCAGCAAGCCGACAGCACCAAAACCAUCAAGUACCUGACCGAGAACAAGCCGGAGGAAUGGAAGGCUCUGAAGGCCAAGUACGACCCGAACCACAAAUACGUCGAGAAGUACGCCGCUGAUGCCGACAAGGAUGGUAUCAAGCUGUAAAUUGUGGACCAUUUCAUUCUUGACCAGCUGAAAAAUGGAAUUUUGACCUAGUGCCAUGAUUUUAGUGAAAUUUCUUUUGGAUAACUUUCUAACUAUUAUGCCACCGCCAACGUCUCAGUGGUAGUUCAGUGAAUUCCGCUGUGCCGAG